UGCUCACAGUCUGAUGCGUAUGUGCAGCGGGAACACACAGAAACUUUCAAUGACACAGGCUCAUUAAAUAAAUAUUUCCAGCUCAGUAGCAACAUGUUUCACGUGAAAAUCUGGAUCUGUGCUGGCCUCCUGCUGUCCCUCCCUCACUGCACGUAUCAGUCGUGCACAGAAGGGACACCGAAACAGUGCGCCGAUGCAGAAUUUGCUCCGGGAGCCAAUUUGGCCGGGGAGGGCUUUGAUAUCACCAAAAUGGAACGUAAAGGAGCCUUUGUGCUCGACAUGAAUCAGUGGAAACGUAAAGAUGAAACAUGCAUGCUGUGUACCAACCCUUUCUUGGAGAACAAAAAGCAAAAGCUACCCCUGACAGUGGUGGACUGGAGGGCAAAGCAGUCCUGCAGCGCCAAAGUUUCCACCAAACUUCACAAAUCCAGUGAGUCACUUCUCAGUUCCAGCGUUUCUUCUGUUGAAAACAACUGGAAGGUGAAUCUAGAUCUUCAAGCGGGGAGUAAAAGUGCGUCACUGAUGCUGGGUGGUACCAAUUCUCAUCUCUCGAGUUACUCCAUGGAGAAAACCAAGAAUGACAAGUACAGCUUCGCAAGCCACAGCAUGUCCUGCGAGUACUACAGCUACAGAGUGUCCAGUGCUCCAAAGCUGCACAGAGAAUUUCGCAAAGCUCUGAAAAAACUUCCCAAAACCUACAGCGCAGAAACCAAACAACGGUUUUACAAACUCAUUGAUGACUUUGGGACCCACUACAUCACCAAGGUGAAACUGGGGGGAAGUAUCGAGUCUGUCACCAGCAUCAGACAGUGCCAGGCCAGCCUUCAAGGGCUCAGUGCCGAGGAAGUGCAGAUGUGCCUCGAAGUUGAAGCGUCUGCAAGUAUUAAAGAUAAAAAAAUAAGUACUGAAGCAAAACACUGCAAAAAGGAUAUACAGCAGACAGACAGUAAGUCUGCCUUCUCCAGCCUCUUCAAUGACAGGUUCACAGAAAUAAAAGGUGGUCAUACCACAGAGCCAGACCUUCUCUUCUCUGCGGACAAAAAUCCAGAAGCCUACAAGGGAUGGCUGAGCACAUUACCACAAAACCCAGAUAUCGUGUCAUAUUCCCUGGACUCUCUGCAUGAGUUACUACCUAGCACGAGCAAAGUCAGAAAAAACCUGCGCUCUGCCAUUAGCCAUUACAUCCUGGAGAAAGGCCUGUGGAGAAACUGCACUGAUCGCUGUAAGGCUGGAAUUAGAACCGACUCGAGGGAUGCCUGCGUCUGCCAGUGCCACAAUGACCCUGCCGUGAACCAAGAUUGCUGCCCUGUUCGUAAGGGAAUGGCACGGGUCAUCAUAACAAUACAGCGGGCCUCUGGUCUGUGGGGCGACCAUACCACCGGUACAGAUGGAUACGUGAAGGUGAUUUUCAACAAAUUAGAAGUCCGGCGUUCUCCUGUCAUUUAUAACAACAACAACCCACACUGGGGCAUGGUCGUCGACCUGGGCUCAGAGGAUAUUUCAUCAGCUAAACUGAGAUUUGAAGUUUGGGAUGAGGACAACAAGUGGGAUGAUGACCUGUUAGGAGCAUGUGAGCCACUUCUGACUGCUGGAGUUAAAGCGGAUCUCUGUAAUCUGAACCACGGCCAACUGUUCUACAAAGUGGAUGUGCAGUGCGCUCCAAGUCUGAGCGGAAAGUCGUGCACGGACUAUAAACCUUCACCUAUGAAUUCAAGUCUGAAGAAGUUCUAUGUGUCCCGUCAUGCUCGUCCUAUUCCAGAGGCCAUCCUGUCAGAGAUGGGUGUGUUUGUGGACAAAUCAAGUUCAUGGAAAAAUCAGAGUGUUGCUGCCGAGAGUCCCAAAUAUGAUGUAAUAUUAGUGUGAUGCGGUGAAGAAAAUUGGCUUCGCUAAGACGAUGAGUUAUCAACAGUUUUAUUUUAGUCUUGAUGUUUUUGAAACUUCUUGUAAUGACUCUGAAAGGUAGCAGCUGAAAGUAGAAGAAGUUAAACUUACGUGUCAAAAAAGCCCAUUGGCAUAAUGCAGGCACAUGUAGGCACUCUGCGCAAGGUCCUACUACCUCUUUAGCUUUAUGACGAGGUGCUUCCUUCUUAAAGAUUUGCGCAACAGUGUGGCAUACAGCAGUUUAUUCAGUGAAGUGACUCCCGCACUACGAGCCACAUGCAGUUCUGAUGGCUCAGACUGAUGUCAUUACUUCAGUCUAGGUGGCUUUUAACCCACUUGCAUCUGGCUUUAACGCCUGGCUAGGGAGGCUAUGUCUGGGUAGCAUCUUGCACCAAGGCUAAGGGUGUGUACAUAUAACUGCGGUUACAAACUUACAUAUGGUUCACAUGUCCUAUUAUGUAUAAAUACGUAUGUAUAUAUAUCUUUCAUAAAUAAAUAUGGAAAAUGUAGUGAAAAUUUUGCACUUUGCUUGCUUGGGGUUGGACCCCUUUUUCCCUUCAGAACUGUGUUGAUAACAAAGAUUCAACAAGGUAUUGGACACAUUCCUUAGAGUUUUGGUCUAUACUGAUGAAAUACUAUGACACAAUUUUGGUGCCGUCCCACUCAAAGUCAACUGCCGUUACAUACUUAUAUAUGGCUCACAUGUCCCAUAAUGUAUAGACAUGUAAAAAAAUAAAUAAAUAAAUCAUAUACACAUAUGGAAAAUUUGUAGCCUGAGUAUAGAUUUAAAAAUGACAAUUUGUUCUUGUAUGCCACUAGUAACAAGUGUAUUAAAUACAUAGAAGAAACCUGUUGUCCUUCAGUAAUAAUAUUACAAUAAUAGGUUAUAUAUCCCGGUAUUUUAGAGAAAUCCAGAACAAACUUUGUGCAAACAAUGUAAAUAGUUAUUGAUGUGUGAAACAUUAUUCUCUUUGAUGAAUGAUUUCUGAUUGAUAGUGGUGCGUGUCUGCAGUUUGCAUGUUUUCUUUCCC